GCGUGUUUGGUCAGUUUGGUGUCGCCUUCAGUUCAGUAGAUUCAGUAGUUCUUCCUUCGAAAUACACGUGCUGUUCCUACACGCUUAAAAAUGGCAGAAAGCGAUAAAAGUAAGAAAAAAGGCAAGAAGAAGUCUCUUGGAGAGAUUCAGGCAACUAUGAAAUGUCAAUUAGAACCUUCAGAUGAACUUGUAAAACUUGAAUACAAGGACUGGCCCCUUUUAUUUAAGAAUUUUGAUAAAAUGCUGACCCGUACAAAGCAUUUUACUCCUUUAACUAGUGGUUCUACACCACUGCAUCGUAGCUUAUCUGAAUACAUCAAAUCUGGCUGUAUUAAUCUCGAUAAACCGUGUAAUCCAUCAUCACAUGAAGUUGUAGCAUGGAUAAAAAGAAUUUUGAAAGUAGAGAAGACUGGUCACUCUGGUACUUUGGAUCCUAAAGUAUCUGGAUGUUUGAUAGUAUGUAUUGAUAGGGCAACUAGAUUAGCUAAAUCUCAACAGUCUGCGGGAAAAGAGUACAUUGCGGUUUUCAAAUUACAUUCAGCUCCAGAAAGUAUUCAAAAGGUAGGUCAAGCACUGGAAAAAUUGCGCGGUGCGCUUUUCCAAAGACCUCCACUGAUAUCCGCAGUAAAGCGUCAACUUCGUGUCAGAACUGUUUACGAUAGUUGGUUCCUUGAUUACGAUGAAGAACGCAACAUGGGAGUGUUCAAAGUUAGUUGUGAGGCGGGCUCAUACAUUAGAACUCUCUGUGUUCAUCUUGGCCUCUUCUUAGGCACUGGUUGUCAAAUGCAAGAAUUGCGUAGAAAUCGGUCAGGUAUACAGUCCGAGAAAGACGGAAUGGUGACUAUGCAUGAUAUACUUGAUGCUCAAUGGUUGUAUGAAAAUCAUGGAGAUGAUUCUUACUUAAGAAGAGUAAUAAAACCACUGGAAGCUCUUCUUGUAAAUCAUAAAAGAAUUAUCGUCAAGGAUAGCGCUGUGAAUGCUAUUUGCUAUGGAGCUAAAAUUAUGUUACCAGGUAUUUUAAUGUAUGAUGAAGGUAUAGAGUUAAAUCAAGAAAUAGUAAUAGCCACUACUAAAGGCGAAGCUGUAGCCCUCGCUAUAGCCCUAAUGACAUCUCCCACAAUGACUGUUUGUGAUCAUGGUGUAGCUGCUAAAAUUAAAAGAGUAAUUAUGGAAAGAGAUGCUUAUCCACGGAAGUGGGGUCUUGGACCAAAGGCUUCUGUAAAAAAGCGUAUGAUAGUUGAAGGAAAAUUAGAUAAAUACGGAAAACCAAAUGAAAAUACACCUGCUGAUUGGUUAACGAAUUAUGCAGAUUAUUCUACGCCUGCGAUUAAGACUGAAAAUAAUGGAAUUGAGGAAGCAGCAACUGCAGCUGCUAAGAAACGUAAAUGGGAGGAGACAGUACCACAGCCUGCAGGAGACGUUACGAUAAAACAAGAGGUUGAAGAUCCAGAAACAGAGUCUCCAAAAGAGAAAAAGAAAGAAAAGAAGGACAAGAAGAAGAAAAAGAAGAAGGAAAAGGGUGAAGUUGAUGAAUCGAUAAAAUCCGAAGCGGAUGAAUCAAUGAUAACUGAAAGUGUAACAGAGGACACAUCAGUAAAAGAGGAAAAGAAGAAAAAGAAGAAGAAGAAGGAUAAAGAUCAGGAGCAGCAAGAGACACCAAUUUCAAGUUGAAAUAAUUAUUAAAUACACUAGUAUUUUUUAAAGUAUAACUAUCGCACUUUUUUUUUAUAAAUGGAAGAGGAAUUCUGCUUUAUAAGAUGAAACAAACAGAAUUGAAAGUGGAUUUUCCAUAAAUGUCAUCUAAAUUUUUAAAUGUUCAAACUAUAAAUCAAUACGUAUCUACAUUGUUUACUGUAUUGUUUAAUUCAAGAGAAAAUUUCGUUUAGUAUAUACUUGAAAAAAUUAUAAUUCGAUUCAUUUAGCACUCAUUUAAAUUCUGUUGAAAAAGAUCUAUUAUUGCUACGUAUUUUAAUUCUUAAAUAAGAAUGAAACAAAUGAUACGAAUAAAUUUUAUAAAUCGUGCAAAUGAAAAUGUAUAUUGACACAGGUUUACUAUAUCGACAAUUGUACAUAGUAAAAGUUCCAUUUGCAAAUUACUAAAGUAUUUUGCAAAUAUAAGUGAUUCCAUAAUGGUUUACUUAUUGCAAUGAUAC